UUGGAUAGAGAUGUCGCCAGCUUUAGUACGUUACGCGAUAGUACAAGCGAGACCAUGGAAUUCCUUAGCUUCGACGUGAAGAAUCAAACUCUCGCGCUGCGAAAAGCAGAGAUACCGACGCCAGGACCAAACGACGUUCGAAUCAGAGUUGCUUAUGCAGGAAUCUGCGGGACCGAUCUUCAUAUAUUAGAAGGAUCAUUUCCAUGCAAAAAGGAGGGCUUUCUAACUCUUGGCCACGAAUUUGCCGGAACUGUCGAUGCGGUUGGUUCUGAGGUAAAAAACUUUAAACUCGGUCAGAAAGUGGCUGUCGAUCCUAAUAGCGCCUGCGAUAAGUGCACCUUUUGUCACGAAGGAUCUUAUCAACAUUGUAGCACCGGUGGCAUAAACAAUACAAUAGGAAUUUUCAGAGACGGUGGAUUCUCCACACACGCUAUAGUGCCAGAAAGUCAGGUUCACCUAGUACCUGAUGAUGUCGAUUUACAACAAGCCGCCCUUGUCGAACCUUUGUCGUGUUUGGCUCAUGGAUGGAAGAGACUUAAUGGCGUUAAUGUUGGUAGCAAUGUGCUCGUCAUUGGCGCCGGAAUCAUUGGCCUUUUAUGGGCCUGCAUGUUGCACUUACACGGUCUCAGAAAAUCCGUGACAAUCACUGAGCCCCAAGAGAAACGACGGAAAUUGGUGAACAAUCUCGAUCUUGAUUUCGUAGCAGAGAGCCCAGAACGUUUAAAACAAACAUUCGACGUAGUGAUCGAUUGUAGUGGUUCGGCUGCAGCUGUGCAAGCAGCGAUUCCUCUAUUAGGUCCAGGUGGUCGGUUAUGCGUAUUCGGAGUUGCCAAUCCCAGUGCAAAAUUCAGUAUUGAACCAUACGAAAUUUAUAAGAAGGAAUUGACAAUCUUGGGUGUAAACAUAAACCCUUUUUCGUUCCCUAGAGGAUUAGGUUUGUUGCAUGCAAUGGCUGAUAGAUAUCUUAACUAUGAUAAAUUAGGUAUUAAAGUAUUUUCGUUAUCACAAUACCGUGAAGCUUUAGACAGUUUAAAGAAAGGUUUGAUCAGUAAAGCAGUGUUCAAAUUGUAAAAAAGUAAGUUCGAAUGAUGGAAUUAAUAAAAUAAAGACCCUUUUUGAAAA